UGCAAGCUAAGGGGCACAAAGUCAGCCACAACAAGUGCACCCCGAAGAGGAACAGACACGUUUGUAUGUUUAAUUUUCUAAUAGCGGGUUUGAGGUAGUUAAUAUCGCUCUACCUUCAGCGUCAACCGUUUGAUUUUUUUGCUCCGUGUGAAUGUUUGACGGAGCGGAGCGUCUCGCCCUGUAACCGCUGGGAUGAGUGAGACAAAGAGGAUGGAUGCAGCCUGAGAAGACGCCAACUGGCUUCUUUCCCGUCUGUGUCGGAGGAUAACUUCACAGAAAUGUGGUCAACUCGGCUAACCCUCUGGAGUCCAUGAAACCACCUGCACAUUACUUCUUCAUAACGUGAAGACAUAAAAAUGAAGCAGCAUUGAGCCUUCAGCUAUCAGCUUCCCUCUAAAGUUCUGGUUUGAAACUCCAUGCCAGAUUUUUUUUUUUUUUUUUGGAUUAUAUUCGGCCAAGUAAAAUCAGAGGGUUAAAGGCUUUUCUCACCCGCUAACUUUACGAUUCAGCCGACGACAGAAAGUAAGUAAGUUAACUAAGAACGUUUAUUUGCUAACUUACGUCACCAACUAACCGUUAAGAUGUGUUUAACGGUCAAAAACGGACUCCUUUAGCCUAAAAACAAGCCUGUCUUCUUCAUGUAUGGAGAUUUAACAUGUGCUAACUUACACGCCUUCUAGACAUGUCAAAGGUCAGGGUCAGCAACAGAGCCUGAGAGUCUUCACUGUUUUUGCUCAAGAAGCUUCAUCAUAGAGCCAGGGUUGGAAAUGUUAAAUGUUGAAGUUCAAGGUCUUUCUAACAUACAGCCACUCUGCUGUCUCCAGUUAUGUAUCAUCAGUGUUUUCCAUUGCUCUGGCCAGAACUAAUACAUGUGUUUGAUUUGGAGAAGUGAACUUUUGGAUGGACCAGAGUUGCCUUUGCUCAAAGAAACCUUUUCACCUGUGUGAAUGGAGAGGAUGAUGUGCACUUAAGGUUGGCCUUCUUGUAAGCUGCUUUAAAAUGAGCCAAGGGCCAAACCUCGUCCUUGAGUGGCUUUCAAAGCUGAAUCUGGCCCAGUAUGUGGAGGCCUUCAUUGACAAUGGUUAUGAUGAUUUGGAAGUUUGUAAGCAGAUUGGGGAGCCAGACCUUGAUGCCAUAGGUGUCCAAAUUCAGUACCACAGACACAGGCUGCUAACAGCAGUCCACAAUCUAAAAGAUGAGGACCAAAGGAAAGCAGCUGGCUACUAUUUCACCUUAGAGCCUCUGGAUCCUUCCACUCGCAACCACUCUUUACAUUCAAGCAGAGAAGAUGACUUAAGGACUCUGAGGUCAAAGUCACGCACCACAGGAAUACACGAGGCCUCCUGUCCUGGAAACCAUAACCUCCGAUUUACAGAUUGUAAAGACUUUGUGACUUAUCCCAAACUGAAGCUCAAGGUACUGUUGAGGGAUAAACUCGCAAAAGAUGGAAUCAACCUGGGAGAAGCGCCAUACACCUGUAAGGAUGGCUCUGUGGGGAACCUUGAUGACCUCGCUCAGGAGUAUUCUCAGUAUUACGGCACCUCCCUCAGUGACGUGUGUGAAAGGAUGGAGGAGCUACGGAAACGCAAAGUAGUGCAAGAUGCAGAGAUGGGAACAGUUGACUCAGUGGCCUCAUCAGUGCAGCUCCGCUCUCAGAUCCAGGAAUCACUUGGACUCAGCAGUACCACAUCCACUCCAGAGACUGAAAGAAGGUUUCCUGUGCAUAAAUCCAGCUCUGAUGAUGGAUCAGGAGGGAAAUGGGAUGGAAAGAGAAAGAGCAAGUCUUUUUGGCAGAGUUUUCGAAAGUCACAGAAAGGAGUGUUGCGUCAGAUUUCAAAAGGUGAUGAUGUUGGUUUCGUGGCCAGUGAAAUCACCAUGAGUGACGAAGAGCGUAUCCAGCUGAUGAUGAUGGUGAAGGAGAAUAUGAUCUCUAUAGAGGAAGCCCUGGCACGGCUGAAGGAGUUUGAAGUACAAAACAGACAGACGUGCAGGUCUGAUCCCACAGAGUGGACCGAUCCCUCCAGUCCCACCACAAAUGAGUCAUUCAACUGCAACCCUUGUGACCUGUCAGACACUGAACAAGAGGAAUCUGUGACGUUCAAGAGACUCCACAAACUGGUCAACUCAACAAGGAAAGUGAAGAAGAAGCUGAUCAGAAUUGACGAGUCAAAGAGGCCUGGAGCAGAGGAGAGCCUAAUGAUAGACGGUCUUCCCUAUGGAGAUGCCAGCGCCUCUCUGUACUCCGAUGUGAAGAAGAAGCUUGCUGUUUGCCCCGUGGACUCCCUGGCUUCAGCUCUGCGGGAGCAGCUCACCUACGACAGGGACUCUGACAGCCUGACCACCUCCCCCUCCUCCAGCAGCCUGGACACCUGCAGCAGCCAGAAGAUCUUUGAGGCCUUUACCAAGUCUAGUGGGAGCCCUGUUCCUCAGGAGACGAGUGUAGUGACGGAGGCGAGGGAGGCAGGUGAAGGCAGUGGCUCUUCCUUUUCUGAAAUGGAGGGUUGCACUGAUGAGGAACCCAAACUGGCUCGCUCAGUGACCGAUGGAGAGCUCCGUCACCGAAUCCUCAGCCCGCUCAGCCACCACGGGAGAGCCUGUAGCUUUGGAGGAUUUGACCUCACCAACCGCUCACUGCACUUGGGCGUCUGUAGCAUCGAUAACACCAAUAAAGACGGCGAUAGUGUGAGAGAUCCCAUUAAGUCUCCACCAACAUCUCGUAUUUCCCUGGGCAAAAAGGUCAAGUCUGUGAGAGAAACCAUGAGAAAACACAUAUCCAAGAGAUACCACUGUUCUCUCUCCGAACAGUCGAGCCCGGACCGCAUGUCCAGCUGCCCUCACUCGCCUCAGACAGACUCCGACUCUUUGGAGAAACCCAAACUGAAGCCGGGAGGCUCCGUGGAAAGCCUGAGGAGCUCCCUCAGCGGACAAAGCUCCAUGAGUGGUCAGACUGUGGGCACCACUGACUCGUCAAACAGCAACAGAGAGAGUGUGAAGUCGGAGGACGGGGAAGAGGAUGAGCUGCCUUACCGGGGACCCUUCUGUGGACGCGCUCUAGUUCACACAGACUUCACCCCCAGCCCCUACGACACCGACUCCCUCAAACUGAAGAGUGGAGACGUCAUCGACGUCAUCAGUAAGCCUCCGAUGGGUACAUGGAUGGGGAUGCUCAACGGUAAAGUCGGCACCUUCAAGUUCAUUUAUGUGGAUGUCCUGAAUGAAGAGGAGGUGAAGCCCAAAAAGACGCGCAGGAGAAGGAGGGCCCGGCAACCCAAACCCACCUCUGUGGAGGAGCUCCUUGAUCGCAUCAAUCUCAAAGAGCAUCUUCCCACCUUCCUUUUUAACGGCUAUGAGGAUCUGGACACAUUCAAGUUGUUAGAGGAGGAGGACCUGGAUGAGCUGAACAUCAGAGACGCCCAGCACAGAGCCGUGCUGCUCACCGCUGUGGAGCUGCUGCAAGAGUAUGAUGGAAGCAGCGACCCAGAGCGAGGCAGUCAGUCCGGAGGCUCGCAGGAGAAGCUGCUCCUGGACAGGCGCGGCCUGGCGGGAGACUCGCCGCGUGACUCCGGCUGCUACGAGAGUAACGAGAACCUGGAGAACGGACGGGACAAAAAGACAUCUUCAUCCAUGAGCAGGUCCUCCUCUGGUUUUGAAUCAAGCCAUCUUCCAUCCCCAGAGUACCCUGCCCCCCCCCAGACCCUGACCUCCACCGGCCCUCGUAAGGCUUCACUCCAAAGUAAACCUGGAGGCCCGCCCUGUAUCUUACCACCACUAAGACCCCCUAAGAAGAGCUUAAGUUUUCUAAGCUCAGCGAAAGGUCAACCUCCCAGUGGAGCCAUUGCUCGGAGCCAGAGCUGCAUGGAGCUCAGAAGGAACUCAGCACCUGAUCUGCUGAGGCGGAGCUUCUCCCUGACUGUCCUCCACAAAGAGCAGCAGAGAAAACUCAUCCACCCUAAAAACUGGAAUCUGACACCUAGCGCCAAGACUGAGGAGAGCAGACCGCACAAAGUAAAUCCUGAAAAACAGUGUGUGGUCCUGUUUCCAUCCUCCCAGUCUUCAACCACAUCAUGCAGUGCUGUGUGCAGCACUUUCAAGACAGACACAACAAAUGUGCAUGCCUCUAAACAAGCAGAAACGACACCAAUCACACUCCUCCAGCUGCCACCCAUAGCCCCAGUAGAACGGUCCAGUCAUCCUUUAACUCCACCCUCCUUACCAAACCCACACCCAGAGCCUGUACUAACAGAGACAGCCUCCAUGUACAACUACACAAACCACACUUCGUCAGAGAACAAGGCCAGUCGCCCAGUUUCAGCAAGUUCUGAAGCCCGCCGGCUGAAAAUGCAAAGAAAUAAGAAGACAUCCAUAAACUCUGCUGGGUGCUAAUCUCAGGAUUGAGUAACUUUCUGACAAGGUAUUGGCCAGAAAAGUACAGCGGACUGUCACUUUAGGGAUGUAAAUUGCUGCUGUCGGAUAAUUACCUUUUCUUUUCUUUUUCCAAAUUAGCCAUUAUUUUUUAAAAUUCAACCAUGGAUUUAUAGUGUGCGACACUUGUUCAUCUGACGUGAAAGUGCAAGCGAAGCAUUAUAUAUUUGGUACAUUUUUCCACAAUAACCAUAUAGUUGGUUUAAAGUGUCACUUUUUAAUAAAUUCAUGUGAAUUACAUCUCACACAAA